UUACGGGCUUCCGUAGCCUACUCGCCUUUUGCGUUUGGCGCGCACCCUCCUUUCUUCAUCUGUACAUAAAGACAGGCAGUGACCGCGUGGUUGAAUAAGUCGUCACCGAGGUCAUUUUCUAGGCUUUACAAGAGGCCAGAAUGGGCAAGAAGCAGAAUACAAAGAGUAAGAAGGACUCACAGGACACGCAGGAAGAGCCAGAAGAAUUUGUUGUGGAAAAAGUACUCGACCAGCGUCUCGUCAAUGGGAAAGUAGAGUUCUACUUGAAGUGGAAAGGAUUUACAGAUGCUGACAACACCUGGGAGCCGGAGGAGAACCUGGACUGUCCUGAGCUGAUUUCUGCAUUUUUGGAAUCACAAAAGAAUAUUAAGGAGAAGCCUGCUGCUGUUAAAAGGAAAGCCUCCACAGAUGAGCCAGAGACAGAGCCCAAGAAGAAAGACAUGGCUGAGAAACCACGUGGCUUUGCCAGAAACCUGGAGCCAGAGCGAAUUAUUGGAGCAACUGACAGUAGCGGGGAGUUAAUGUUUCUGAUGAAAUGGAAAGACUCCGACGAAGCGGAUUUGGUCCCGGCCCGUGAAGCCAACACUCGCUGCCCUCAGGUAGUCAUAUCCUUCUAUGAGGAGCGACUGACGUGGCAUUCCUGUCCAGAAGAUGAAGCUCAGUAACUGUUGUAGUUUGUGCUGUUCUUUGCAUUACCUCUGCUCCUUUCUCAGGACGUUCUGUGCUCCUGUUUCCUGCCUUAUCCUUCUAGUUACAUGAAUUACAUAGAUUUUUUUUUUUUUUACGCUUGUGUGGUUUUCAAUGAGCUUUAAGGUUGUAUAUACUGGUUCAAAGCUUUUUGAGCUGUCAAAGGUUUUGCAAUGUAUGAUCAUUGAAGUCUUCCAAAGUAUCUCAUAUUAAGGACCACUAAGUGUCAUACAUGUCAUAACAACUCUAAUUGUUAACAGUUUUAGUGCCUGCACUCAUUCUUCCUGUUUGCCUGCUUUUUUCCCCAAAAACAUUUUGUCAACAGUCUGUAAAUGUUGUUUCAAUUUGUAAUAAAAGUUUUAUGCAGCCAA